AUGCCGCGCACGACCAUGCCGCGCAGCCGGGAACAAAGCCUCGCGGCCGCGCAACCUGUCUCGCGUACCACGGCCGAUGGCGCCGUCCGAGCCGGGAACUACGUCCGCGUCCGGCCGAGAUUUCAUCGGCCAAGUCUUCAUCCGUCCGACCACAGCGGCCGACCACGCAUCCGUCCGGCCACGACCGUUCCAUCGUACUCGGCCAUGACCCGAUCAUCCGGCCGAUCGUCCCGACCGACCGUCCAACGCCGCGGUCGACCCGAAGCCCGUUUUGAAGCCCGUUUCAUAUUUUUCAAGGCCCGGCUUAACCCUAAGCCGCCUCUAAAGACCUAG